CGCCAUAGUGAAGGAACCUAACACGCCUAUUUUCGAUUUUGAUAAUUGUGCUGUCAAAUCAUAUGUCACGCUGGGACAUUAAUCUUAUCAACAGGAAAAUAACGGAUAAGGAGUCUUAAUUAAAUAGGAGUUGUACUUUCGUGUAACUGGCGAGUAAAUUGGCGAGAGAAAACUUGGAAGCGGUAAAUCAUAACAUCCAACUAACUGACGUGUACAGUGCAACAUCAAACUUUGAUUUUGUUAUAAAUUGUUAUGACAUGAUCUGUAGGAGGUUAUUUGAUAAAGUGCUAGUCGGAUCAUAAGUGCUCUUAUAGUAAGGGUGGUCGAGCUCCAGAUCCAGCAAGAUGGGGAAGCUAUUGUCAAAAAUCUUUGGCAACAAGGAGAUGAGAAUACUGAUGUUAGGUCUGGACGCAGCAGGAAAAACAACAAUAUUAUACAAACUAAAGUUAGGCCAAUCGGUGACCACAAUUCCGACCGUCGGUUUCAACGUAGAGACAGUAACAUACAAAAAUGUGAAGUUCAAUGUUUGGGACGUUGGGGGACAGGACAAAAUACGGCCCCUGUGGCGCCACUACUACACAGGUACGCAAGGUUUAAUAUUCGUAGUGGACUGUGCUGAUCGUGAUAGGAUCGAUGAGGCUAGACAAGAACUGCAUCGCAUAAUCAAUGACCGCGAAAUGCGGGACGCAAUAAUACUCAUCUUCGCCAAUAAACAAGAUCUGCCCGAAGCAAUGAAGCCGCACGAGAUCCAGGAGAAGCUGGGACUCACCCGUAUACGCGACCGCAACUGGUACGUGCAACCGGCCUGCGCCACAACCGGGGACGGAUUAUACGAAGGACUGACUUGGCUCACCAGCAACCACAAGUCAUAGCAUCCAGGUUCAAAUCAGACUCACACUCAUUUUAGUACAUGACUGCUGCAUAAAUAUCUAGGUGUUUUUUUAAUACUUUAUUUUUGUAUCAAUCGGAGGUGAUUCUUCAAUUUAUGCUUGUUAGGCAGGUGCAAUACCCUGUAUAGUACACACCACACUGAUCCUACUACUUAUGCCAAGUCUCACCUACUUUUGAAUGUCAUUUUAAUUAUUAAUUUUUUAAACUAGGAUCAAGGUACGCGACAAUAGAUUUAAAGCAGUGCAGGCAUGUUCGAUGAAAGGAGUAAAGCUGUCCCAAGGGCACAAUAGUUCCUAGUUUUAGGUCAUGUACGUUACACUAUUUCUAUGCCAAGAUUCUAGUAUUUUAUGUACACAACCGAUCAUCCAUUUUUAUAACAUUGGCUAAAUUUUUAACCGCAAUAACCUGAUAUCUGAAAGUAGGAGACACCAUCAGUUAAAACUUUCCUGUUUGGAAAUUUUUACUGACAUAAACAUGCCCAUCUUAACUAUACUAAUACAUUCCAAGCUGAAACAGCCUAAAUUAUAUAAAAUCAUAGUUCAGAUGAUGCUUGUUUCUAUUAAUUAAGUGUGGUGCUUUAAAGUGAUGUGUGGUAAAUAUGGUAAGAUUGUUGAUUUGGGCCAGUCAGGUUGUGAGCAUGUUUAUUUUUGGACCAGAAGAAGACCUCAUACAUUUUUGUAAAUAAAUUUAUAUAACAUAUAUUGUAAUAAUUUCAUUGUUUAUAUUGUAAAAUAUUGUUGCUGCAUUUAAAGUUAAGGUGAGCGUUAUUUUUUUGUUCUUUUAUGUACAGGGUAGAAGAUGAUUUGUAUUCUCUGUUUGGACGCCACCUUCUCACACAGAAAUCAGUAAUUUCAUAGAAUUGCACUAUUAAUUUGGUUUGGCAUUUUUGUUGUCUAAUUGAAGGUGGUUAGUCUAAAUGGAGACGUUUAUCUUCCAACCUAUAAUAUGUCAAAGUUAAAAUUCUGUACUCAUUGAAACUGAUUGAAGUGACGAAUGAAACCUUGUUGGGGGUUUGCUAAAAGCUGUAUGAACAAAGUAUGGAAAUUGACAGAGACAUAUAACCAAAAUUCCUAUUAAACUAACAAUUAGAUAUAGUUUGAAUUGCCCAGUAUAUAAUUUAUUUACCGUUAUUUUAAAUUAUUUAAUUGUUAAAUAAUCUAAAUGUUUCGUCUUUUAUUUUUUGUGAUAGAUGAGAGUAAAAUCAUUUUAAUCAGACUAAAUUUUAAAAUUCUUAUAUGGCAUAGCCGUAUUUUUGAGAAGUCUGACGAAAAUUUUUGAUAGACAUUGUAGCUGCUAAGGUAAGAACAACUUUUUUUAAAGAUCAUCACUAGUCUAUUAAGGUGUGUCUAACAGUGAUUUUCGCCAAGAAGACAACUUUGUAAGCAAUCUGCAAAAGUCCAUUGUAUAUUUAGAAUUAAAUGCAAAUUUUUAAAUAUUACAUGCAAUACAAAUUACUAGGUGAUUAUGAUUGUAUAUAUAUAUAAAUAUUUUCGAUUAUGUUCCCAAUUAAAAUUAUUUUGAUUUUUGCUUUAAAACAAACAAAUUAGUAAUUUUUAAAAUGUAAUAAAUAAUAUAGCUCAAUUAAAAUGUAUUAUUUAUCUAA